CCCAGCCCAAACCUCCGAUCCCCAUUUCUUCCGCCCCGUGCCACCUCCCCCUCCGACACUAACCCCCGAAUCGGCCGCCGCGAGGAAAUGGGGCGGCGGCGCCGAUUCACGCAGCUGGACGAUGACGACGACGACGACGACGAGGUGCCCAUCAAGACCAAGCCCUCCGGCGGCGGCGGCGCCUCCUCGGGCACCAAUCCCAGGAAGCCGCAGCCGCCGCCGCCGCAGCGCCGCCGCGCCGCCGCGGACGAGGAGGAGGAGGAGGAGGAGGAGGAGGAGGAAGUGGAGCUCGAGGAGGAGGAGGACGACGAGAAGGACCUGGAGGCGAUGCGGCGGGCCGAGGAGGAGGAGCGCCGGGAGCAGGAGGCGGAGACGCAGACCCGCCGGCGCCGUGGACGGCCCAAGCGCUGCCGCGAGCCGGAGAGCGAGGACGAGGAUCCCGAGGAGGAGGAGCCGCAGGAGGAGGAGCCCCGCGAGGAGGAGAACACGGAGGCGGUGCCCGUAGGGGACCCCGUCAAGGUCACCGGCAAGGGGAAGAAGCAGAAGAAGCACUACAACUCCUUCGAGUACGAGGGAAACACCUUCGAGCUGGAGGAUCCCGUGCUGCUCACGCCUGAAGACCGCACUCAGAAGCCCUAUGUCGCCAUCCUCAAGGAUAUAACAGAAACAGAGGGUAGCUUAAAUGUGACUGGCCAAUGGUUUUAUAGACCAGAAGAGGCUGAUAAAAAGGGUGGUGGAAACUGGGUAGCACGUGACACGAGAGAGCUAUUUUACAGUUUUCAUAUCGAUAAUGUGCCUGCAGAGUCAGUUAUGCACAAAUGUGUGGUCCAUUUCAUUCCUCAGCACAAGCAGAUUCCCAGUCGAAAGCAACACCCUGGAUUUAUUGUCCAGAAGGUCUACGAUGCAGUUGAGAAGAAACUUUGGAACCUAACGGACAAGGACUAUGAGGAUAACAAGCAACAAGAGAUUGAUCUCCUUGUUAAGAAAACAAUAGACCGUAUUGGGCAGCUUCCUGACCUUGAACCUGAAGAAACACCUAUGGACAACAGCGAUCAUUUAUCAAAUAAACGAGUCCUACGUAAAAGACCUGCUAACCCUAUAGAUGUAACGAGAGAGCCUCUAGUUGGCAAAUCUGAGCAGUUUCCAAAAGCAGAGACACCUGGAAGUGAUAAUCUAAGGAAUUAUGAUAUCCUUGUCAGAUACAAAGCACUUUACGGUGAGAAAAAUCGUGAUAAGUGGCUCGACAAAUUGGUAGAUUGUAUUCCACUAGCAUCAAAGGAGAGUGCCGGAGCAUCUCAUGCUGAUCCUGAUGCUGCUACUAAAAGUUCAACUAACGUUUCAUCUGCAAAGGAUGUUGGUUCUGCUGACAAUGAAAAAUCAUAUGCACCUGAUGUUGUUGUUCAAAUAAUGGUUGCAUUAGAAAGAUCUGCAUAUGAAGCUCUAGGCAAUGACUUUUUGAAGUAUAACCAGAAACUGAGACAGCUAGUGUUCAACAUCAAGAAUAGCUCUAAACUACGCAGCCGACUGAUGGACAAGGAGCUUGAUCCUCCAGUUCUUUUAACUAUGUCCCCUGAUGAAUUAAAGGUUGGUUUGACUUCAGCAGAAAAAACAUCUGAACCAGAAGAGUCAAGACAGUUGCAGAUGACUGAUACAAGAUGUGAAAGAUGCAGCGAAAAGAAAGUUGGCAUAUCUGAUAUUAUCCAUGCAGGUCAUGGAGAUCGCUAUCAGCUUGAGUGUACUUCCUGCGGCCACACAUGGUUUUCAUCAAGAGAUGCCAUCACAGCGCUGACUGAAGACGCCCCAAGCACUGCUGGGAAUGUGGGAACCGCCCCUUGGGCAACAGCGAAGUUUGACAUCCUCGAGAAGCAACUGACGAGCCCACGGGGCCAGCCUGACAAGCCCGCUGCCGACCCUCUCCGGAAGAGCACCGCGGCCUACAUGCCAACGCUGGAGAAGCAGAAGUCGUUCGUUAAGCCCAAGCCAGGGGAACCCUCCCCUGCAGUAAAUCAGGAAUAGAAGUGUGGGCAUGUUGCGGAUUGGUCUUUGGCUUUAGGAAGCAGGGACGUGUAGGGAUUUUGUACAUAAGUGAUGUAGGAUUGCAUUGUUCCCGUUUCUUAAUAUGCGACCAACUCGCUUUACUGGUUGGAGUCCCCAGCCGCUCCGGUACUUCCAUUCAUGGUGCCACUGAUACAGUCUGCUGUAAUGCGUAGCCAUCACCUUUUAUUCACUCUUUUUUGGAGACCA